GUCGUUCCUCUGCAGCAAUGGCUUGGCUUGUAGUAAGAUUAGCUAUAUCUGUGUCUUUAUUAAAUACUGCAUCGGCGGUAUUUGAAGACCAAGUUGGAAAGUUUGAUUGGAGGCAACAGUUUAUCGGCAAGGUGCGUUUUGCCUUGUUUGACACUCAUUCUCAAGCGUCUAAAAAGCUCCUGGUGGCAACUGACAAGAACGUGUUUGCGUCCCUCAAUUCAAGGACAGGAGACCUGUUCUGGCGGCAUGUGGAUAAGACUGGACCAGAGGGCCAUAUUGAUGCACUGCUUAUGUAUGGACAGGAUGCUGUUGUUGUUGCUGGAAAUGGCCGUCUGCUUCGCUCCUGGGAGACCACAGUCGGUGGCUUGAAGUGGGAGACGGUGCUUGAUACGGGAAGCUUUCAGGCUGCUGCUUUAGUUGGAGUUGAAGACCUUGUGAAGUAUGUUGUUGUGCUGAAGAAAUCAGCAAUCUCGCUCCAUGACCUUUCAAGUGGCAGCCAGAUAUGGGAGGAAAACCUACCUGACAGUGACACUGUUCAGUAUCAAACUAUUUAUUCUGGUGGGAAUGGACUGGUAUUUGUUUUUGGGGUUGUGCCGAACUCCCAUAUUGUUAUUGUUGAAUACAAAAUUGAAGAUGGAGAAAUCAUGAACAAGAAAUCAGUUGAAGCCGCAUGGAUGUCAAGCCUGGAGAGCAGCUGUACAGUCAUCAGCUCAGGGAUCCUAUUGUGUGUGGAUCAGAUCACACAGUCCCUGUAUACUCUACUGCUGCAGUCUGCAGAACAGACAGAAAUGAGACAGAUCCACCUCCAGACGCUAGAUUUGGAGGUGGCAUCUGGAUUCCAGCCCAUUCUGACGUCCACUCAACCCAAUCCAGCACAGCCUCCUCUUUCUGAGUUCGUCCUGCAGCUCAGUCCAGAUCAUCACAUCCUGCUGCAACUCAAAGACGACUUCAUCGCUACGCUCCGAGACUUCUAUCCAUCAUAUCUGGCUGCUUUUGCCACAUCUGGAGAGAGGACGGUUGCUGCUGUGAUGUCUCCAAAGAAUGAUACUGCUUGCAGCAUCAACCUGUUCAGUGCUGACACAGGGCGGAGGCACCUCGACACCACCGUUAUCUACCACAUGGACCCUAAUGGAGGAAAGCCAAACAGAUUAUAUGUCCACGCCUUUCUGAAGAAAGAUGAUUCUGUGGGCUACAGAGUCAUGGUGCAGACGGAAGAUCUUACACUCACAUUCCUACAGCAACCUGGCAAGGUGGUCUGGAUGAGGGAGGAGGCCCUGGCUGAUGUGGUCACGAUGGAGAUGGUUGAUCUGCCAUUCACUGGAACACAGGCAGAACUGGAGGGAGAGUUUGGAAAGAAAGCCGCCAUUCAAGAUGGGCUGUUACCCAUGGUUCUCAAGCGCCUCUCUUCCCAGUUCAUCCUGCUGCAGGCCUGGCUGGCCCAUCUCUGGAAACUCUUUUAUGAUGCCCGGAAGCCCCGAAGCAGUGUGAAGAAUGAGGUCACCAUAGACACACUGUCUCGGGAUGAAUUCAACCUGCAGAAGAUGAUGUUGAUGGUAACUGCCUCUGGGAAGCUCUUUGGCAUCGACAGUAAAUCAGGAACGAUUUUGUGGAAGCAGUAUUUAGAAAACAUCCAGCCCAACUCUGUUUUCAAACUCAUUGUGCAGAGGACCACUGCUCACUUUCCUCAUCCUCCACAGUGCACACUUCUUAUAAAAAGCCAGGACACAGGUCUUGGAAACCUCUAUGUCUUCAAUCCUAUCUUUGGCAAGAAGAGUCAAAUUAGUGUCCCUGCCUUACCGAGACCUGUCCUUCAGACCCUGCUGCUGCCUGUCAUUGACCAGGACUAUGCUAAAGUCCUUCUACUUAUUGAUGACCAGUAUAAGGUCACAGCAUUUCCAUCUACAAAGAACGUUCUGCAGCAGCUUCAGGACACAGCAUCCUCCAUAUUCUUCUACCUAGUGGAUUCUAGUCAGGGAAAACUGUCCGGUUUCCGUCUGCGCAAGGAUUUGUCUACAGAGGUAAUCUGGGAGGUGGUCAUCCCCACUGAGGUGCAGAAGAUAGUGGCUGUCAAAGGAAAGCGUGCAAAUGAACAUGUGCAUUCCCAGGGCAGAGUCAUGGGGGAUCGCAGUGUGCUCUACAAGUAUCUGAACCCUAAUCUCUUGGCUGUAAUAACGGAAAGCACAGACACCCAUCAGGAGCGGAGCUUUGUUGGAAUCUUCCUGAUUGAUGGUGUCACUGGCCGUAUUGUGCAUGAAGCGGUGCAGCGGAAAGCCAGAGGACCUGUUCACUUUGUACACUCUGAAAACUGGGUGGUGUAUGUGUACUGGAACUCCAAGUUCCGCAGAAAUGAGUUUUCUGUGUUGGAGCUCUUUGAGGGAGCGGAGCUCUAUAACAGCACAGUGUUCAGCUCCCUGGACAGACCACAUCCACCUCAGGUUCUGCAGCAGUCAUACAUUUUUCCUGCUUCCAUAAGCACUUUGGAAGCCACACUUACGGAAAAGGGCAUCACCAGCCGACACCUUAUUGUCGGGCUGCCAUCAGGCAACAUUUUAUCCUUACCAAAGAUGUUUCUGGACCCAAGGAGACCAGAGGUGGUCUCAGAACACAGUCGGGAGGAAAACCUCAUACCAUAUGCUCCAGAAAUGCCCAUUCGUGAAGAGUGGUUUAUAAACUACAACCAAACUGUGUCAAGAGUAAGGGGCAUCCACACUGCCCCCUCUGGCCUGGAGUCUACCUGUUUGGUGGUUGCGUAUGGUCUUGACAUCUACCAGACCAGAGUGUUCCCCUCCAAGCAAUUUGAUGUCCUUAAGGAUGACUACGACUAUGUAUUAAUCAGCAGUGUACUCUUUGGCCUCUUCUUUGCCACCAUGAUCAGCAAACGUCUAGCGGAAGUGAAACUGCUCAAUAGGGCAUGGCGAUAAGACUCAUCCUGAUGGCCUGUUGACUUCACUCUCGCCCUCACUGCAAUGUGGUCGACACAUUGAUGGCAGGAGACUAGCUGGUGACCAUGUCAAAACUGCAAGAUCAUUUGAUAAGUUUGGUGUAUUUUUGCAACCAGCUGUCUUAGGGAUCUUGUGGUGUUUUGAGUGUAAGUGCAUAGACGGCCAUGAUAGUUUUUCCCUUUUCAGAGAGAGAAGUAAUGUAGGUCUAAUUUUCCCCCCCAGCAUUGAUCAAUUCACUGUCUAAUUUAUUUAUUGUGCCUUUCGGGGUAACAUAACUCAUGUGAUUUAAAGUUAGACUCACCAGGUAUAACAUAAUACCCGUCCUUUUUAUUUAUUUCUUUUUUUUUUUCAUUAUAGAUUUCAUUCAGUAAGUCUGAGUCUGCCUUUUGAAGAAAUGGUGUUAUUUUGAAAAUUAAUACUGAAGGAAGGAGUAUUGCAAAAGGACUGCCAUUUUUAUUUCAAUCAAUAAAAAGAUUGGGUUUUAAAUUUGAUAUGAUCUGAUGAGCUAUUGAAGAAUAUAUUGCCUUGUGUACAGGAUUUGAAUGGGCAAAUACUAGUGCACAUGAGAACUGUGAAAUUGUUUUCUCCUGUACAUUAAUGAUAGAAGGUUCUGCAUAGGAGUUUGGAUUGUCUUUUGUAGUUAUUUUAUGGUAUGUCAAAUGCACUGGAUGGUUUGGAGCCAUGUUCUUACUUGAUAUGUUUAUGAGCAAGAUCCUAAUAUGCCAUAUCAUA